AUGUUUCAGAUAAGAAUCAGUGCAAUGAAGGUCUUGCCAGCAAUAUGCAAAGACUCCAAAGAGUAUGUACCAAAAGUAACAGAUAUUCUGGCACAACUGUUGCAACUUGAUGAAUCUGAUCACAAUACCCCUACAAAUACUUUGUCUCAGAUUUAUAAGGAAGACCCUGUUGGUACACUCAAGACAGUUUUUAACCAUGUCAGCAGUACCGAUGAUGCAACAGAAAGGGAGAAGUGUUUGCAGUUUAUUUAUAAGAAGAUUAUAAAAAUGGAGGAAAAAUUGACAAGUGAAAUCUAUGAUCUAUUGUUAGAAGAAGGGAAAAAGAUAAUACCAGUAAGUUGGUUGUCAUGA